GCAACAUUAUAUCAGUUCUGAUUUAACUUUCGGAGAUCGCCAUUUGUGUAUAUGGUGUAUAUAUCACGCGAAAUACUGUUUUUCCACAAUUUCUAAAUUUAGUUAUGAACCAUGGUUUGCAAAGAGGAUGUGUAUUCGUGGUUUCAAAAUUUAAAAGCAUCCAAACGUAUCGAAGCGAUAUGUGGCAUUUUAAACAUGUGCUAUCCUAUAGAAUUGAGAUUUUACGGAACUUGUAUUGAAGAUUUGGGAAGGAAAGAUUUUUAUGUUUUUAAAGAAGAUGAACUGAAAGCUAAUGAUAUGAAUGAAAUUAUCAAAAUUAGAAACAUUCAUGAAUCUUGCAUGCGAAGCAGACUAAUAGUAUUACUUAGUCUUCUAAAUUCAUCUAAUUUUAUCUGUGCAAAAGAAAUCUUUAAAGUUUUAUGUGAAGAAAUUAAAAUUGAAAACUUGGCCAUGUCGGGGUAUCUCUUAGAUUCAAAGGUCGUUGAUCAGUAUUUAUUGUUAUUGACAAUAGCUCAGCAUCAUCCAGCAUUUACAUUUGAGCAGCAAAAUUUUUUAACCGACUUAAGUUUAAAUUUGGAGUCUUAUGUAAGAGAGUUGGAGAACUCAAGGACUAAAUAUGAGCUAUCAACUGGGCUACAACAAUCUAAUCUGAGUGAUAAAGAAAUACCUAAUACAGCAAUCUCUUAUCGCUAUAAUUCUUCUCAGCAAUUAAAGUCUUGUGAUUCACCCUUUGAAGCUCAAAUAACAAGCUUAAAGGUUAAGCCUCCUCAUAAAAGGAUGUCUAUCAGAAUAAGGGUGGCUUGGGGAAGUACUAAAGUUACAGAUGCCUUUAAAAAUCCUCAUGAUUUAUUUGUCUUCCACAAAGAGUUAGUACGUAUGUUUCCAUGCGAAGCGAAGAGUACUAACCAAGAUAAAUGUAUUCCACCCAUACCAGUUGCAAUAGCAACCUGGAAUAAGCAGCACACUCUAAAUGAAAGUAUUAUAACGUGCAUGGCAGAAUAUAUACAGCAGUUAAAUUUGAGACUACCUGGAUAUGUAUUGGAGAAUGAUUUUGUCCGAAAAUUCUUCAUGCCUUCUAGCUCUAAUCGAGCAUCCAUCUCCAGAAAUACCAAACAUGUAGACCAUAAGCAGGGUGAAUUGCCUCCCAGAAGCUCUCGUCUGCGUUCAUUAACGAUAUAUAAUUCUCAGAUGUCUGAAAAGUCUCCUGGCCACCAUCCGGAAAGUAGACAAAAAGUAUUACCGAAUUCAUGUCCGAGAAAAUAUGCUGAAGUAAGCAACUAUAUUCCAACAUCUCCAGCCCAGUCUCCUCUAUCUUCUCCUUAUAUGUCUCCUGAAAAUUCUGCUACUAAUUCUCGUGCACCAUCUCCAUGGAGCUCCUCCGUGGAUCGAAGUACAAUUGAUGCUCCUACAGAUAAAUUCUUAACAAGGGAACCCAUUAUUGAACAUUGUGGAACUGGUAGAAAUUAUAGGGAGGAGCAUCGAACUGUGCCUGUUGAUGAACUUCAAUCCUUAAAUAUAUCUAAAGAUAGUGGAUCAAAGCUGACCAAAGCACCUGAUUGCAAAAGUCCCCCCAAUGGCGUAAUUGGAUGUUAUGUUCCUAAAAAAGUUCUCAUGCAGAAGUCUAUUCUCAACCAAUCGAACAGCAACGAUAGUUCUCCGAUAUGUUCAGAAUAUUCAAGUCCUCCCCAAAGUCCAUCACCUGGCGACACAUGCAAUCAAAGUAGCUCUCUCAGUUCCAGUAAUGAUGAAAAUGCUGAUAAGAGACCUUUGUCUAAUUUGACAUCAGAAUUUGGUAAAAGUGAGGAUUCCGAGACAAAUACGUCAGACAGUUCUGUAAUAAAGCGUGACGACGAUGUGCUUAACGUGAAAGGCAGCGUAAACCGUACUUCUUUGUCUGUGAUCCCAUUGGCAAUACCUUACAGUACUAUUGUUACUCAGAUGCCACCGCUUCCAAACGUGAAACCUGCAUAUUUACCGAUUCCUUGUCGAACGAACAGUGCUCCUCAACAUUUAAGUCCUAGUGCAGUUGUUUACGAUCAUCAAUUUUCAAGAAUUCCCUUGGCAAGUGCUCUUACAUUCAUACCUGGUCCAACAAGAUCUCAUCCAGACAGGGUGAUGUCAUCUGUGAGUGUUUCUCCAUUCCCUGUGGUCACUUCUGGUUGUUCCACUUCUCCAAGUGCAUCUUGUAGUAUCACAACAUAUAAGAGCAGCAAUAUGACUGUAGUUACAAAUUCUGGAGUGACUAGUAACAGGAUGACACAGAAAAAUCCUAUUAGGGAUUGUGAUAUGACUCCUAAGCCUCUGAUACAGACUUCAGAUACCCCGUAUGUUACAGGAUACAUUUUGAAUUCUUCUUCGCCUUUGACAGCCGUUUCAUGCCCGUGCUAUACUACAAACUCUGCAAGGCCGUCCCCAGCUCCUUCACCAUCCAUAGGAGCUGCCCCCCAGCCUUCUGCUGUGCCAGUAUCUUUAUCUUAUCUUGGAAUGCCAUACUUAUUUCAUCAUUCCUUACCGUUUCUCCAAACACAACCGCCAUCUAACGGUUUUGUGCCACAGCCAGGCAUAACGAAUCACGGACAAGGCUUCACUUAUACUUUGCCAAAUGGAAUAACUACUUUACCACCUGAGCUUAUAUAUCCUGAGCAAACGUACUCUGUACAGUCCCCUUCAACUCAGGGUAACCCUAGCCAAACUGCUAGUCAAGGGUCUCAAUGCUACGGGGCUUACUCUCAAACAACUGCUCCUCCUCCUCAAAAGUUAGCAACUUGUUACAACUGUGGAAAAGUUGGCCAUAGAGGUCCAGAUUGUAAGGAGCCAACCAUGGAGGAUCUAAGCAAGUCUGGUAAAUUUCACCUAAAUUUUAUUCCAGUCAAAGCACCUGAUAGUCAUGAAUAACUUCUGAAUCUGGAAUGGUUACUAAAUGUUAAGACUGUUGAGUACCAAAUUGUUUGUUAUAAAAUGUUUAUAACAUUCGAAUUAUUUAUUUGCUUUUUGUUAUACUGAGUGAGUUUUAAGAAAUCUGUUGCUACGUCUUUUGUUUACAGUCAGCUGUUUAGGCCAAAGUUCUUUUAAAUGCUGAGAUACUUCCUCAAUUUUUUUUUUACUUUGUAUGAUGUUUGUUAUAUAUUUUAUUGUAAAAAGUUAUUAAAAGAAGUGAGAAUUUUAAGAAAAGAAAUGUUUUCUGUCGUUAUAUUGUAAAGUGACCAUUAUUUCUGCCAUGUCUGUAAAACAUAGCGUACAAUGUCAAGUGAAUAUGAUUCUAAUUUAAGUCUAGUCAAAUACUUUACUAAAGUUAAUAAUUCUGUUGUUUUUUUACUGUUAAUUGUCUUUAUUUAUUUGCAAAUAGGUAAUAUUGCUAUUUUUAAUACAGUGUGUUUCAAAAGUACAUUGACAAAUUAUAAGGGUUUGUCUAAGCAUUCAAAACAAGUACAAACUAUGGUUGCUGAGCAACCGCUUAAAAGUUUGUUCAAAAAAUUAUCUGUAUAUGGUUUUAUUGUGAGAAAGUCAAGUUUAAGAUGACAUAUUAAAGAUGUAAAAUAUCAAAUAUGAUGAAAUUUUUGCACCAUGUUUAUCUAAAUUUUUUCCCUCUAAUACUUAAAACUUGGAAGAUAUAUAGGUUACAUAGUCUUUGAGAAGUAACAAAGAACAACGAAAAAAAAAGUGGUGGUAACGGAAUAUUACUUGAGAAACUCUGUAAGGGUGUCCUGCAUUUGCUAGUGUGUUCUUUGAUAAAAAUUACUUGUUUUGCUGUCCUUUAAAGUCGCCUGAGUAAUUCUGAAUUAUCUUAUUUAGGCAUUUUUUAUUCAAACUUUUUAAUCACUGUAGUUUCACAAGUGUAUGAAAUCCUAUCGUAGCUUCAACUGCUUUUUAAAUGGUUAAGGAUUACAGAUUUGGCUGGAAUUUAUAUUAACUUUUGAAAUUUUAUUAUAUUUCAGUGUUCCAUUGUCCGGUUUUUAAAUUGAAAAUGCGUUUUCCGUCAUGUAGUUUUUUAAUUAUUCAUGUGUAGUUUUUAUGGGUUUGAAAUGUCCUAAAAUUUUUUUUUUUUUUUUAAAUUUAUUUUUAUCUUAAACAUAUGAUGAGAUAUCUUAUCAUACAUAUGAUGAGAUAUCUUAUAUGUAUGUAUUUUAAAGAAAAUUUUAUCAAUUUGAAUAAUAAUUGUUUUAAAUUCAUUACUAAAUGUUUUUGUAAAGUGAAAUCUUAUCCCUGUGUAUCUAAGAAUUGUUCAUUUGAACUAAAAUCAUAGUUAUUUGUCGCUAAAUAUUUUCAACAAAAAAAUUUCAAAGUGUGGUACUUUGCAUAGUUUGAUAGAAUAAAGAAAGAAAUGAUAAUCUUAGAAACUGUUUGCUUAAAAUUUAUUAUUUUUCUUAAUAAUCGAUUUCUGGUAUUUUUUAUUGCACAGCUGCUGAAAAUGUUUCUUAUGUUAAGUAGAGCUGGGGGGUGUACCUUUAAAAUAUCAAUAUUUCUUAAAUACUGUCGUAAUAAUAUGUUUCUAAGUUAGUAUUUUGAUAUAUUUUGAGUGCCAUGUCUUACUAUGAAUAUCAAAUAUGAUAUUAUACUGAGUGUUAAUAAAUUUUAUUUGAAUAGUAAAUAUAUUGGUCAAUGUAAAAAUAAUGCAAAUAAGAUUAAUUGACAAAAAUAUUGCUAUAUGUGAUAUGUCGAUAUUUCCUGACUCUGGUCCAGCUCCACCACUAAGUUAUCAUUUCUCAAGGCCUUGUAAAUUAGUUUCCGCUUCAUCGUAUUUUUUAAAAGAUUUAAUGUAAAUCAUAAGUGAGCAAAUUUAUGUUUGCAGCAAUAAAGAAAUGAGAAGAAGAAAAAAAGCAAUAAACUUUAAAUCUAUUUUUAUCAGAAAAAGUUCAAAGUUAUUGCCUUGUGUAAAAAUCGUGUGCAUCAAAUCAGGAAGCAAUUGUAGUUGUAUAAUUCAAUGUACGCAAGUGUUAUGAAUAAAUUUAAGAGUUGAUUUUAGCAAGACUUUAACUGUUAAUCAUAUUGUAUAAAAAUUGUUUGUAACAUUUAGAUUUGUAUAUAAUGAUUUGUGCUUGAGUCUGUUUUAAAUUAUGAACUGUAUAUAAAUAUACAAAGGUUUUUGUGUGUUUGCAUACUGUGACUCAGAGAUGAAUUUUUAGUUGCCAAAUACGGAAUGAAAUAUAUUUCUAGGAAUGCCUGACUGAUAUGCAUGAUACUUUAUAAUUAUUUUAUGAAUUGAUGAGAAACUGUUUUUAUGUAACUAUUAUACAAUCAUUGAAAUAAAAAUAUUUAAUCAUUUUUCA